CGCAUGCCCGUUUCAGCCCGGUGCUGUGCGGCCGCCAUCCGGGUACUGACGGAGGGAGGGAUCAAGCGGCUGAGGGGGUUUCAUUGUGCGUGCAGCUGCCGCGCUCACUCGCCCUAAAAUGGCCGCCGCUGCCGCCGUCUCCUCUCCCGCUGCAGCCCCGUGCGCGGGGCCAGCCCAGAUGGAGAGCAAGAAGAUCACCGACCUGCGGGUCAUCGAUCUCAAGUCGGAGCUGAAGCGGCGCAAUCUGGACAUCACCGGGGUGAAGACCGUGCUCAUCUCCCGGCUCAAGCAGGCUAUUGAAGAAGAGGGAGGAGAUCCAGAUAAUAUUGAAAUAACUGUUUCAGCUGAUACACCUAUCAAGAAGCCAACAAAAGGCAAAGGUAAAAAACAGGAAACUGAUGAACUAAGUGGUGAUACUUCAGUGGAAGAUGAUUCCUUUGUCAAGGAAAGUGAGUUGGAGGUUCAAGAUGCAAGCGAUCAAGAUGGAAAUGAUGAACUGAAGGACUUUGAAGAAGUUGGUGAAAAUGAAGAGGAGAACUCGCAUUCUAAAGAACUGCCUCCUUCAGAAAAGAAAUAUUCUGAUUCAAAACAGGGAGAGACAAGAGAAGAUGCAGAGAAAGAUUUUGAAAGCCAGGAAAAUGAUCUUCAAGACACAGAAGAUGAUACAUUUCCAACUGUCCAUAAUGGUGAAGAGGAAGAAAAUGAAAAAGAUAAAGCAGGUUCUGGUGAUGGUAUACAAGAAGUAUCUAAACCUCUGCCUUCAGAAGAAAGCCUAGCUGAGGCUGAUCAUACGGCUCAUGAAGAGAUGGAAGCUAACACAUCUGUGAAAGAAGCUGAGGAUGAUAACAUAUCGGUUACAAUCCAGGCUGAAGAUGCCAUCACUCUGGAUUUUGAUGGUGAUGACCUCCUAGAAACAGGUAAAAAUGUGAAAAUUACAGAUUCUGAAGCAAGUAAGCCAAAAGAUGGGCAGGAUACCAUUGCACAGAGCCUGGAGAAGGAAAGCAAGGAUUAUGAGAUGACUGAGAACCAUAAAGAUGGUAAGAAGGAAGACUGCAUGAAGGGUGAUCCUGUCAAGAAGGAAGCCAGAGAAGGUUCAAAGAAAGCAGAAUCUGGAGACAAAGAAAAGGACACUUUGAAGAAAGGUCCCUCGUCUACUGGGGCCUCUGGUCAAGCAAAGAGCUCUGCUAAGGAAUCCAAAGAAAGCAAAACAACAUCAAAGGAUGAUAAAGGAAGUGCAAGCAGUGUUAGUGGUAGCAGUGGCAGUUCAACUAGAAACCUAUGGGUUAGUGGACUCUCUUCCAACACGAAAGCUGCUGACUUGAAAAAUCUCUUUGGCAAAUAUGGAAAGGUCCUUAGUGCAAAGGUGGUCACAAAUGCACGAAGUCCUGGAGCAAAGUGUUAUGGCAUCGUAACCAUGUCUUCCAGUACGGAGGUGGCUAGAUGUAUUGCACAUCUCCAUCGUACAGAGCUGCAUGGACAACAAAUUUCUGUUGAGAAAGUAAAAGGUGAUCCUUCCAAGAAAGAGCUGAAGAAAGAAAUUGAUGAGAAAUCCGGUUCUGGUAGAAACAUGGGGGAUAAGAAGACUGCAUCAAUUGAUAAAACUAGCAAAACUCAGUCAGCCAAAAAAGAAGAAAAGAAAUCUGACAAAUCGGAGAAAAAAGAAAGUAAAGAAGCUAAGAAAACUGAAGGUAAAGAUGAGAAGAAUGAUAAUGGAUCAAGUGGCCCUAAUCAAGAAUCCACUAAAAAAACUGAAGAAAAGAAGCGAAUAAGUGGAAAAAGUCCAGGUCAGAUGGUAGUUCUAGACCAAACAAAAGGAGACCAGGGUCACACUAGGACAGUGAGAAGGGGAAGGUUUGAUAAACCACCGGUGCUAAGGAACAAAGAGCGUUUCAUUCAAGAUAAAAUGAAGUUCAGGGAGUACAGAGGUAGAAAGGAUAUCUUGCCUUUUGAGAAAAUGAAGGAACAAAGAAUGCGGGAGCACAUGGUUCGAUUGGAACGAAUACGUCGAGCAGUUGAGCUCCGAAGGCGAAGAGAACUUGCUGAGAGAGAGCGUCGGGAGAGAGAACGCAUUCGAAUCAUACGUGAACGUGAGGAACGUGAGCGCUUGCAGAGGGAAAGAGAACGAUUGGAGAUUGAAAGACAAAAACUGGAGAGGGAAAGAAUGGAACGAGAGCGCUUGGAAAGAGAACGGAUUCGUAUUGAACAGGAGCGUCGCAAAGAAGCUGAGCGUAUUGCUCGUGAAAGGGAGGAGCUUCGUCGACAGCAGCAGCAGCUUCGUUAUGAACAGGAGAAAAGGAACUCUUUGAAACGUCCACGUGAUGUAGAUCACAGGCGGGAUGAUCCCUACUGGAAUGAGAAUAAAAAGAUGUCCUUGGAUACAGAUGCACGCUUUAGUCAUGGUUCUGAUUACAGUCGCCAGCAGAAUAGGUUUAAUGACUUUGACCACAGAGAGAGGGGGCGAUACCCAGAGGGUUCAUCAGUGCCAUCAUCCUCUUUUGAAAGGCGAGAACGCUUUGUAAAUCAAAGUGAAGGAAAAAAGACACGCCCGACAGCGCGAAGAGAGGAGCCUGGGUUUGAGAGGUAUCCUAAGAAUUUCAGUGAGUCCAGAAGAAAUGAACCCCCACAACCAAGAAAUGAACUUCGAGAUACUGACAGACGAGAAGUGCGAGGAGACAGAGAUGAGAGAAGAACAGUGAUAAUUCAUGAUAGGCCAGAAAUAUCACAUGGUCGUCAUCCAAGAGAAACUGGUUCAAAUCCACCUAGACAAACUAAUUGGAAGAACGAGGGAGGCAUAAGCACAGACAAACGGGAUGCCAGAGGAGAGAGACCAGAAAGAUCAGGAAGAGAGGUGUCUGGACACGUGAGAAGUGCCGCUCCCGGUAGCCGUAGCAGCGCUUCUGGUUAUGGAAGCAGGGAGGGAGAACGGGGAGUCAUGGGAGAAAGAGGAAGCGGAGGACAACAUUAUAAUGAAGAUAGACAUGUUGUUGAACGCCAUAGUCGUGAAACUGGACCAAGAAAAGAAUGGCAUGGACCUAGUUCUCAAGGAAGUGGGUAUCAUGAUGCAAGGAGAAUGGGAGAUGGCCGUGGAGGAGGUGGCAUGAUGUCUCCACAUACAAGAUGAGCUGUGUGGUUGACUGGCCAGUUCAUAACUCUGGUGUUCAUAACUCUGAGGUUCAACUGUAAGUACAGUGUUUAGUUAGAAAUAAGUUAGGUCAGAGUGAGACUGUAACGAGGUACAAAUUAAGUUUAUUACAUAAGCACAUCUGCAGAUACAUUUUAAAAGGUAUGGCACAAUAAUCAAUCUACCUAAUCCUUCAGCUGUCGAAAAAAAAGGGAGAAAAAUCAAAUGCAGAGAAAGUUGUAAUUUCUAACUAUAUGGGACAGUUGUUUAUCUUGUCUAUAAACAGAUACCCUGUAUAAACAUGUCUUGAAAGGCUAAUACCUAUUUGGUCUUAAAUAAAGUUAUAUUAGGAAAAUAAUAUAGAUAAUAUAGGUUUUACCUAAAAUAUAUGUGCAUAAUGAAAUUAUCUCAAACAGUAUAAUAGAAAUAUCAAGAUAGGAUAAAAUUACAAUGGGUUUUAUCAGCAUUCGUUAUACUUCACCCUUAAUUUAGUGAGACAUUUUGUAUUACAAAUUAUACAAAAUAGCAGGCAUUUUCCAUGAGGUGAAUAUAAUAUACACAGUGCUUAAUGGAUCAACCAGCAAUAUAAUACAAAGAUCUACUUUCCCAUUAGUUAGAAUAGAUGCAAACACUAUUGUAACGUUCCCACAACUAUUUCAGUUUUCAGGGAGAAACCUUUCUAAUCACAGAUGCCAAAUAUAGUAUGUCAGUUUUGUGAGCCACUUAACUACAUGGAUUCUGUAUUAGACAUCUUACAAGAAAUAGCAUGCAUUAAUCUUCAUGAAUCCUGUUACAGGAAAGUUUAAACCCAGUAAAACUCAACUCUAUAGACCGUAUUAAACAUAUCAGGAAAAAAAAAAAUCUGUUUUCUCUGAACACACCCAGAGAUAUCCAUACUAAGAACAAAACAGGUUAGUAACAUUCUCCAUAGGAAUCUAGUGUACUAAAUGACUGGAAAUAAAAGUAUGGUACCAAAUAGAAAAACCUUAAAUUAUUAUUAUUUUAUUAUUUUUAACAAAUGUACAAUGGUCACCUGUAACUUUUCAGUUGUACAGAUGUAGAGAAGCAGAGAAGAUGUCAAACGAGGUAACAUUGUUUAAGAAAGGGAUUCUAAAAUCCUAUACUGUGGACUACAUCUUAAUAUAUUGUAGACCAUCUCCCUUCCCAUUUAUGAUCAAACAACAAUCCCCAUAGAAACACUACAAUUGCUACUUGGAAAUGUAAUAUUAGGAAAGUAUUUUUAGGGAUUUUUAAAAAAUGCUAUUAAGUAGCUGCAAAUGAGGACCUAGCGUCAUUCAACUAAUAAGUUUGCCAGGGACCACCAGCAACCCUUUGGACCCCUGGUGGUACAGAAUUUUAGAACCACUGAUGUAAUGUUUAAUUCAAACUUUUAAGAAGUCAGCAUUGCUUUAGCAGUGACCACGAAAAGGACAUUUAUGGUUUUCUCCCCUCCUAAUGAAAACUGUCUUAAGUUUUAUAUUUGAGGGUCUAUCAGCAUUUUAUUUAUAAAGUUUAUUAUUUAUAAUUGGGUUGUGACUCCAUUUCUCAGGCUGGCACUACAUACAACAUUUCAAUCAGAGCAAUGUUUGGCUUUUUGAUUUGAAAACUCUCUUAAGUUACAAAAAGGCACAAAAGCUAAGCCUGAGACUAUCAACUUGUUGCAAUUUUGACUAAGUACAAUAUUGCACAAAUACCCAAUGAGCAAAGGUGCCAGAAUAUCUAGGCACAGUGGGGUGAAUUUAAAGCCCAAAGCUAUUUUAACUAUGAUUCUGUUGUGGGUUGAAAUUACACCUUUAACAGUUUUUUAAAGAUAAAAUCAGUUUUAACUACACUAAUCCUUUGUUGCUUGAAUCUAGUCAGAAGAAUGAAAGAUGGCCUUUGAAAAGCUAAUGUCACAAUGAAACUUAAAUGAACCCCAACCCUCCAAGCUCAUUUAUAAAUCAUAUCUUUGGGUUCAGGACAGAGAACUAGCUCACUUAGGCCCCAAUGCUGCAGACUUUUGAAUGCAUCCGAUGAAGUGAGCUGUAGCUCACGAGAGCUUAUGCUCAAAUAAAUUUGUUAGUCUCUAAGGUGCCACAAGUCCUCCUGUUCUUUUUACAUUAAACAGUUUGCCAGUUAGGCCUCGGUUCAGUUUAUGCACAUUAAGUUCUAGAGGACUGUUAACAUACAUAAGUUGUUGUAUGCAAUGUUGUAGGCAUGUCGGUCCAAGAUAUUACGGAGACAAGGUUGGUUAAGUAAUAUCUUUUAUUAGACCAAAUUCUGUUGCUUGUCUCUCUCACCAACAGAAAUUGGUCCAGUAAAAGAUAAGACCUCACCCGUCUUGUGUCUCAUACAUAAAUUGUGGCAGGCUAAAGUGUGAAGAAAGCUCUACUUACCAGAGAUUCUUGAAAUGUUCAUGUUUCAAUACUUUUUUCCUUUUAGUAGUACAGAAAUUUUAAAAAGCUAAUUUUCAUAUAACUAGUUCAUAGAAAUUAGACUUCUCUGAAAAUUUAAAAUCUCAGAUUUUGAACCUCACCAAGGAAUUUUUUGGUUCCUUACAUUAUUCUCUUUUAAAAGAUUAAUGCUUUAGAAAACAAUAUAAAUUAAUCACUAAGACUCUUAAAAUGCAAAACAGAUCCAGUCUGCAAAAACUGAGAUGUAAUGCAAGAUUGGAUACCCAAGUAACUGACUGAAACCCUUCUCUCUUUCAUAUUAAUCUUUGUAAAACAGGAUUUUAGUGUACCUAUCUGACUCUUGACAUGACUGGAUUUUAAUUAAAUUACGCUGCUUUUCAGUAUAGUUUUCAAUAUGAAAUUUUUUUUCCAGAGGUAAGAUCUGCAAUAAGUAAUAUGAAAUUGUAAAAACAUGUUCAUAUUGUGAUUUGUUAAUAUUAUGUGCAUCAAGACAAAUAGCUUAGCUGGCAGCUAAAGCUUCAUAAAGCAAUGAAGCCCUUGAAGCAAUGUAGCUCAGCAAUUACAAGAUUUUUUUUUCAUUUUGCUGUAUGUUUUACUAAGGAAAGACAUCUUAAAUACAUUACAAAUAAUCAGUGUUAAACAAGAAUGUUUCUUUGAACUGACCUUUUUCUUAAGAAGGGAUCUUAUGAAUGGUUUUCUCCAUGUUACUUUAUUAUUUUUUCAAAACAAAAUGCCCAGUAUCAAAACCAUGUAAUUAAUAAAUAGAAGAACAAAUACUUCAAACUACCAUAUUACCUUUAGCAGCUGCUGCACUGGCAGCAACUUUUGUAGUAUAAAAUUCCCCCAUAGUAUAGAGCAUGCCUUUUUGUUAACGUGAGCCCAUACACAUAUAUAAAACAAGAUACCAAAAGGCAAUUGUAAAACAAACGAAAAAAGUUGAUAUGUACUUCUGCAAGUAAUACUUAAGACAACGCUGAAAGCUUAACCAAAGAAAAUCAUUAUGAAAAUCCAGAUGUAUCCUUGACAGGUUUCAGAGUAGCAGCCGUGUUAGUCUGUAUCCGCAAAAAGAACAGGAGUACUUGGGGCAUCUUAGAGACUAACAAAUGUAUUUGAGCAUAAGCUUUCGUGAGCUACAGCCCACUUCAUCGGAUGCAUGCAGUGGAAAAUACAGUAGGAAGAUUUUAUAUACACAGAGAACAUGAAACAAUGGGUGUUAUCAUACACACUGUAACAAGAGCGAUCAGGUAAGGUGAGCUAUUAACAGCAGGAGAGAAAAAAGAAAAAAACACCUUUUGUAGUGAUAAUCAAGAUGGGCCAUUUCCAGCAGUUGAUAAGAACGUCUGAGGAACAGUGGUGGUGGUGGAGGGGGGGAAAUAAACAUGGGGAAAUAGUUUUACUUUUUGUAAUGACACAUCCACUCCCAGUCUUUAUUCAAGCCUAAUUUAAUGGUGUCCAGUUUGCAAAUGGUGUGCCAGCAAUGCUCCUCUGCCAUGUACAUUGGCCAAACUGGACAGUCUCUACGUAAAAGAAUAAAUGGACACAAAUCAGACGUCAAGAAUUAUAACAUUCAUGUUCUCUGUGUAUAAAAUCUUCCUACUGUAUUUUCCAAUGCAUGCAUCCAAUGAAGUGGGCUGUAGCCCACGAAAGCUUAUGCUCAAAUAAAUUUGUUAGUCUCUAAGGUGCCACAAGUACUCCUGUUCUUUUUGUAGAUGUAUCCUGUCUUUCAGUCAGAGGGAUGCUGUGAUUGAAAGGUAGGAAUUCAGCUGUACAACAUUUUUUAUAUCAAACUACUACAAAGGACUAGAGGUGGUUUUCUGCACUCACUUGUGGGAGAUGGAGGCAAUGCAGUCAUUCCUGGUAGAAAAAAAUUUUUUUUUUUUUAAAGCUGACCCUUUUGCUUAAGAAUUGGCACUCAGUGGCUAACAAGAAAUUUUGAAAAUGGAAGAGGGUGCGAUAAUGUUCACUGUUGUUUUGCCAUUAAUACCACACAUUGGUAUGGUGGCUGAAGUCUAUUGGGCUAUAAUACAAAGGGGAAGGAGAGAGAAUUGAUUGCUUUUGUUAAUCUUAUCAAAUUUAGACAGUGAUUAAGAACAUAUACAGGCAGUACAACAAAAGCAGAAGCACAGGGCAAAAGUUUGUGAUAAAAUAGCAACAUGUUACAAUAACGUUGAAAAAAAGUGUUAAGUAUUUACUUUUUAAGAAGUACAAAUUGUAUCAAAGGGCGAGUCCAGCUCAUUUCACUGAUGUACAGUCUUGUAAUAAUUAGAACAGUCAAACAUUCCAAGAGUUAUCAGUAAUAUUACAAUAUUUUAACGUCUCUGGACCUACACAAAGACACUUUUGCUAUAACAAAAAUCAAAUUGCUUCCAAUAUAACUAGUUUUCAGACACAUAGCCACUAAUUUAUUUCUGACAGGGUCUCAAUGGUUAUUUUUGCCUGCAGUCUCAAUGGCCAACUCUUAAGUAUGCCAGAAAGGAACAUCUAGUGCUGUAAAUUAAGUACAUCAAAUAUAAUAUCUAUCUGAUAACUUUGCAGCUAUUAGUGUGCAGACUGUCCACAAAGUGCUGAAACUGAUGUAGUUUAAAAUAAAUAGGAUAGUAAUUUUACUGGUUCAUUAUAUCUAUCUACUUACAUUGCUCACAAAGAGGUCAUAGCUUUUUAAGCAGAAUGUGCUACCUAGCAUUUGCAAAUACAAAACUAGGUUUUCCUAUAGCACUCUUUUCCUAUAGUAAAUAAAAUUCCUAUAUAAUUCUUUUGUAAUUUUUGUCCCUUUUUAAACCUAUCAAGAUUUAAGUUAAUUAAAAAGCAUGCUGUUGAAGUGUUUACACCAAAAAUGUGACCUACCUUUAAACCUUUGAACCUAAAGGACCUUGCAGACUAUAUUAUAUAAAUAUCUAUUUAAUUUGCAAACUAAAAACAUGUUUGAUGUAAAACAUCUAAACGUGAUUUUGAGCCCCUUCUAAUUGCUCUGUACUAGUAGUUAAAUAUUAUUCUUUGAAUAAGGAGAACAAUUGAUGCUUGGGCACAAAAGUAGUAGGAAUAGAAAAUCAAGUUCAAUUAGAAACACAAGGGAAAGGUAAUGGUUGCCAAAAUGUAAAGAAAUUUUGUAGGACAAGAACUGUAUUUUCAAACUUCUCUGGCAGUAUUAGAAACAAAUUUAGUAGUAUAAAAUGGUCAUUUUGAUUUAAAAUCAAAUCAUCUUUUUUUAACUAAAUGCAUAAUAUAAAAUCAAACCAAUUUGCAGUUUAAUAAUGGAAGCAGGUUGGAGUUUAGUUUUAUCUUUUAAAACAGAUGGAAGGAAAUCUUAAUACUUGUUCACAUUUUUAAACCUCUCCCUUACUCAACAUGGUGAGAAUGGGCUAGAGACUAUAGACUAUGGCUGGAAUUUUCAAAGAAUAUUAAUGGUAUUUUAGUGCCCAGCUCCCUUAGGCUCAUUUGAAAAUCCAGUUUAAGAUUGUAGUUAAAUCAAAAUUGUAUAUACUGAGUCUUGCUUUUCUUCUUCCAAUCUUCAUGACUACAAAAUUCUCGAUUACUACGGGGACUAUAUAAUACUGAUAUACAUGUUAACAAUUAGCUGUGCAACCUUUGACUGAAUUGCGAGACUGACUCCAAUGUACAGUAAACUGCCAGACUCCUUGCUCAUUUCCAGUCUAAUGUCACACAACGUUUUAAAGAUGGCAUUAAGAAUUGGACUUCUAUAUUUAGUGGAUUGUGGUAUUUAUUGUUCAGUAGAAAAAGAAAAAAAAAACUAAUGAUAAAACCCACCAAAUGGUUAGGAAACUUUACUUCAAGUUCCAGGAACCAGUGGACACUUAACUCUGCACCACUAGCCUCUGCUGGUCACGAAAUGGGAAUGAUAGUGAAGAGCACACAAGAGUAUAUUUCUGAGGACUUGUCGACACUGCCACUUAAGUUGAUGUAAGUUACACCGCUCAGUAGUGUGAAAAUGCCACCCCCUGGAGUGAUGUAAGUUGCAUCAACUUAAAGCGCUGUCUACACCGUGCUAUAUCGGCGGGAGACACGCUCCUGCCAACAUAUCUUCCAUAUCUUGUUGCGGUGCAGUAAUUACAUUGACAGGAGAGCGCUCAACUGUCGACAUAGAUGCAGCUGUAGUGAAGACAAGCCCUGAGGCUUCAAGUUUGUAUAGUAUAUAAAUUCUAUUCCUCCGUGUAUUCAGUAAAUGUUUUCAGUGGAUUUACAACAAUCUCCAUUGAGUUGGAAGCAUUACUGUGGACUGUUAUUGAUACAGCAGUUUGUUACAGUUCUGAAAGCUAAUAUCAACUCAAGUAAUUGAGCAGAAUACUUGUCUGCAAAGUAUUCAGUCAAAAAGAAGAUGUAAAUGUUCAUGCUGCUAUAUUCUGCACAAACGUAUUACAAUAGAAGAAAACAAUCAAAUGUCAAUAUUUGUCAAACCUUUUGUGUUUUUAUUUACUUCUCAUUCAAAUGUGAAAUGUUUUCCUCAAUGUCAGUAACCCUUUUCUAUGCAUUCUUUUGAAUUUCAGAAGAACAAUGCUGCAGGUAGUACUUUAUAUAGUACAUUUCAUCCAAGUGUCUAAAUGUUCUUUGUACAUAGUUAUGCCUCAACACAGCUGAACUUACAAACAUUUCACAGAUAAAUAAUGAGUUGGUAAAUGAUUAUACAUCAAUUUUUGUGCACUAUUCUUUUUCCUCCUUUAACUAUUUCAAUUCUAAUCAGUAUUACCCGCUUGUGAUGGAUUAGUGUAAGUCUGCAUCUAUCUGUAUCAAGCUGCAAUCUUCAUUCUGUUUUGUGAAGACCACUUUGAUUGUAGAACUAUUUUGGCUAUGUAGUCUUCAUAUUGAGCUAACACACACACAUCAAGAGAAAUUCUUGCCCCUCGUAGAGGGCUAGCAAUGGGAGGGAGUCAUUAAACCCUGAUGACCUUCCAUUCAAUUGGAAGCUCCCUUGGACAAAUACCACUCAGAUAGCCCAGCUCUCCCAAGCAGGCUGACAACCAAGCAGUAGAUCACCUGAUGGGGGUCUGAGGCUGACCAAGAUACAGAAAGAGAAGGGCUGCUCAGAGUAGCUCUCUCUCACCAACCAGAAAAGGAAGAGAAGACUGUACUGGAAGAAUGAAGUUCAGGAGAGGGGAGCUGCAAGUCUGAAUAGACACUGAGUCCCAAAGAACACUCAAGAGUGGUGAGGAAAUGGAGGCAGAGAAGGGUGUACAUGUGGCUUAUUUUACAUGGAUUUGUCUCUCUUGUGCUAUCUAAAGUAAUGAGUGAUUGGUUUAGAAAUCCCUCUGCGAAGUGUCUGAUUUUAUUCAGUCAUCACAUGUCCCAGAAGGGGUUAACCAUAAACCAGAGUGGAAGAGGAGGGUAGGUGUGCCAAAGCUACUGGGACAUCUUAGGAGGGUUCAGCACUGGCCAAGGGCAGCUACACCACAGGGGCCGACUUUGAGAACAGGUGCCAUACAGCAUCUAUGGGCUGGGGAACAAACGUAGAGGCCAAAGAGAGACUGUGCCGUUGAGUCUGCCCAGGCCCACAGGAGUUGAAAAGCAUUCAUAUGCAGUGUGUGGAUCCAAACAGAGCAGUUUAGUGAGUGUCCAGCUGGGGGAGUUUGACCAGGACUAUGACACACUCAAUAUUCCAAAACAGAGAUUUAUAAAUAAAGGUAUAAAAUAUAACCCUGAGCAUAAUCAAUACUACUAUCUGAAACGAGUGCAGUUUUGAUAAUCAAAUUAUUACAAGAACACCACAGUAUCACAACUUAUUACAUACAUGGAAAUAUAAGUAAACUAUAUAGAUUUCAUUAUAAAUAUGGUAGCUCCAUAUUUAUUUGGGUAGAGCUGAACAGAGGUACAAUAGCUAUGUUUAGGAAAAAGACUUGGCAUUGAGAAACAGCGAGGCACAAGGGGUGUUUUUCCAUUAGAGAAGGAAAAUGCGUGUGUAUGUGUAAAGCCAGCUUUUGGGCUUCAGAGCAUGGUUGAAAUAUAAGAGAUCUUGAGAUGUAAUCUACAACUGUGGAGGUGGAAGAUGGGAGAAUAAUUUCCAUAUCAGACCCAAAAGAAAGGAGCUGGAAAGCUUAACUUAUUUAUUAACACCACACUUAAUUUGGAAAUUUACAUUCAACCAAUGUAGAUUUCUGAGAAACGAGCUGUUCCAUUACUGAAUAUGGGUAGAGGGAUGAGCCACUGUAUCAAGUACAAAUAAACUGAGGUGCCAAAGUAAUGCCCUCCUUCACAGUCUCCCUAUCUCCACCUUCAUUAUGGUGGUUUAAAAAUCAAGAGGGAAUAAAAUAGGCGAAUAAUAGGUUAGGUGACCAUAUAAAGAAUUGUAAAUCUUUGAUUGUAAACUCUUCAGGGAGGGGACUGUGUCUUCCUGUGUGUUUGGACAGUAGAAGUUGUUAUAAUCAAAUAAUAAAUCUGGUAUAGGUAAGAGGAAAGAUUUGUGAAUGAAGUCAAACACCUGCAUUCAUGAUAGACAGGAUGAAUUUGAGUCAAAAUGGGAAAUUUUAGUUAAAGGUACUUUUCUUAUCAAUUACCAGAAUAAGAAUUUGAUACAGUAGAAGACAAAGUGAGGAAAUACCAAAACAAAGAAGAAUACAUAGUUGGGUAUCCUCUGCAUAGAAAUAGCCAUAGCUUGAACCAAAAAAGGUAGUGGCCAGAGGAAAGAAGUAUAGGUAGAACAUGGUCCCAUUAUAGACAUGGGCAAGUGGAAUGGAAAAAAAUAUUGGAGAGGUUAUUGAAAAGAUUAUAGAAACAAUCUUUGUUUGCUAAAGAAUAUAGGGUAAGUCAGAAGGGAAAUUUUGCUGGAAUUCCAUAAGUACAUUUUAAACACUUGCAAAAAGUCAGUUAUAUUCUGUUUACCUCUAAGAUGCUGGACACCUUUUUUCUCUGUGUACCUUACAAGAAAGAUGAAUAAAAAUAUAUACCCUGAUCUUCUACAUUUAAUAAUAUCGCCGUUGACUUAAGACUCUAUUUGUCAGUGUCUUCAGGAUGUCAGCCCUGAUAAAGACUGGAAAGUAUAAACAUCAAUUGUUUCCAAAGCCAGAUCCAGAGAAUGAAAUAAAAUAUUUAAACCAACUGUAAUAAUGAAUAGAUACUAGUUUGUUUUUAACAUGAGGAAAGGAAAAGCACAUACAACAUUGUAAAAAGCAUUUAUCUGCUGUUACCCAUGCUAUUCUUGUUCUGUAACCCAAAAAGAUUUCAGCUAUGAGUACUGUCAAUCUGACACCUUCCAAUAUUACUAACUUUAAAAAAUUAAAUGCUGCAUUUUGAAAUACUCUAUGAAGCAAAAUGGUCAGAGGUGUCCUUUAGAGAAAAAUCUAGCCUCUGUCUUAGGUACAUUUUCCACAUAGGGUGUUAUUUUUCAAGAGCAUCUAAAGGUGCUAGGCACCCAAAUCUUACUGACUUUUAAUGGGAGUUGGUUGCUUAAUCUUUAGAUGCUCUUGAGAAAUCCCACCCAUUUUCUACAAUAAGGGACAAAGGAUAAGAUCAUUAUUUUUUCCUAUAGCUAUUUUUACAUCUUCCCUCUUUUCCCCUGAAUUUGGAAAGGAAAAAUAUUAAAGUAGUGCAUGCCAGUGGUACCAUAAUGAUGUUUGUUGUAACAUUUUCACACCUUCCAGUUUUUCCAUAAUGUUAUAGUUCAGUGUUUUAAAGUAUCACAGCUGAUAAGCCUAGUAUCCUUGGUCUCUGCUCAGUAAUAUUUCUAAAAUUGUUCUUAAUGUUUUUAGCGAAUAUUAUGCUUAUGAGUAAAGGUUAACGUAUGCCCUAUAAUUAAAUGCGUCUCUAAGUCCCUAAUGUGUAUUUAGGGAUUCUUAUUUUAAAAGAAAAUUAAUAUGCUAAAGUUACUCAUAUCUGAAAAGUGGCCAGUGUAGAAUAAAACUAGGUUAUAUGCAUCAGCAGUUCAGCUUUGUCACCUCCACAGAUCCACGCUCUGGACCACACAAGGAAGUCUAGAAGCAGCUGUUCAAAGAAAAUGUUAAAUUAACUCAUGACCAGCCACACACUUAGUCUAAUGAGGUACGAAUUAGAACUCAGUUUCAAUAUCUCCUAUAGCAGAGUUCUCAGAAAGCACAAAGAGAGCUCAAUGAUUGAGGCACAGCAUUGGGAUUCAUAUUUACUGAAAUAAAAGAAAACUUUUAAAAUAGCUGUAAUUCACAAUUUUCAGUCACUUUUAGAUACUGUCCAGCAUUUCUUUUAUUGACAGUUCCAGACAUGUCCUUGCUAUACCAGUGAACAAGAUAGAAGACUUGAACAGAAACAUUUAAUACUAAUCAGUUCUUUCACACAAAAAAAUCUUUGAAAGGUAGUCACCUUUAAAAAAAAUAAAAAAGCAAAACUAAAACUGUGUGCUGAGCACAUUUGAAAAUCUCAUCCGAAUGUCCUAACUCUGUGAAGUCAAUUAGAGUUUUAUCACGGACUUCAGCGGGAACAGUUAGGCCAAUACAAUUUUGAAAAUCCCACUGUUGGAUUUUAUGCUAAAAGGAAUCUGUUUGAAACAACCACAAGAGUACUUCAUACAAUUUGACAAAUCCUUCUGGGAGAAUCUUAGUUUUGUUGUUCUACAGUACCACAGAAGGAUGGUUAAGUCUCCCAUAGUUAUUAAUUUCAUGAUACCUGUGCUUAAUCAGGCUGAAAGCUAGAACUGUCAAAGUUGUAGCUGAGCUAAAAUUCAAUUAUGUCACUAUUAGGGCAAUGAUAAAAGGUACAGGCCCAUGAAAGAUCUAAUUUCAAAGAAAAAAAAUUGUAGUAAGUUUUACCAGCUUGGAGACUUUUUUCUUGUUACUACGAAGACUUAAGCAUAGCAUUUAGGGGUGGAGACAGUGUUUGUUAACCAAGCAGAUUUUACACAUUUCACUUUCUUUUGGCCCAGGGAAAGACUACAUUAGCCAGGACUACAGCGUAACACUGUUUCCUAUACAGACGUAGGAACCAUGGAAUUGGGCAAAAUUCUGAUAAUGGUUACUCACUCCAUUUAGGAAGAUGUAAACUCUAUCAACAAAAAAUUUUGGAUGAAAAGAAAGGCAUAAAUCAAUCCAUACAGCAAAAAGUCACCAGAAAGUAUUUUGUAAGCUGCCAAUUUUAAAACAUAUGAGGGUCCUAUUCAGAGUUUCGAAAAUGCCACUAGAAUAUUCCCUCAUGGGAUUCCAGACCGGACAACUGACACUUCCCACAAAACAACUCUUUUACAUGUCCUCAAAAUAUUGCUUCUUGUACAAAUGACAACCAUGCAGUUAUAUUUCUCAGUUAGAAAUACAGAAUCAUCCAAGACAGAUUAAUUCUAUAUGCACAAGUAAGCCUACAAAAUAGGAAAGUGAUAGCUGUAAAACAGCAAUGAACUGCCAAACUGCAGCAAGCUCUCCAGAGGCAAUUUUUCAGAUAAAGACAACUUAAAUUCAUGACAACAAAAUUAAUCAUUGAGAUUGACAUUUCAACAGAACUGCUGAGAGGCCCGACAGAAUGGGUCCCAUUCUUGGCACAGGAGCAGUACAAGAGGGGAUGAAGGGACAAAAGCUGCCCUAAAUGAGACAGUUGGUGUAAUACCAAUAAUCAGUUCCCUUCCUGCCAAGUGGGCAUGUCAGGCAUUGUUUGGGGGAGGAGGGGACCUGGCCAGCACACACUGUGCUCCAGAUAGCUUAGAGGGAGAGAAUUGUUCCUGGGGAACAUUCCAGCUGCAUAAGUAAGAGUAACCUUCUAGGUGGGGCCCGGACAACCAACCAGGAACCACACAUACCACCCCCUUCAGAUCAUGAGCUUGAAAUUACUAUUAUGUUGUUGUAUGUUCCAAAUACACAGGGUAAGAAGGGAAUUCUGCAAAUUUCUACUUUAAAACAUACCUAUUUUCUCUUACUGGUGGUUCAGAGCCUAUCAAGAUUCUUAUACUGAUGCCUAUCACCAUAGAGGACCUUCCACCAUAAAUCAUAACUGGCUAUGUAGUCUAGACUGAUGCUACAAGCCUUUCUUGUUGCAAACAACUUAUUCUCAUAGCUGGCCUGGAGUAAUACACUAUCUCAGGACAAUCAAACUAAUGCUUGAUUUGAUUCUUUUACCCCGAUAUACAAUCUGUGGAAGACAUCACACUGAUCAGAUCACCUAGGAACAUGCAGGCUGCCUGCUGUUUAAGGUUAUACUUUCUCAAGUUUUUAAAAGUUGAAUACUCUAAAACAAAUAAAACCAUUAGAAAACUACACAAAAUUGGAUACAUCAUGGACCAUAUCUUUUACAAAUUGGUCUGACAUCACCAGCAGGAAACUGAACUGAGCAAAGAGCUGACUGCACUUUUCAUAUACGCAGGAUCAGAAGAAAAAAGGUAGGUUUUAAAUUAGAGGAGUAUUGAAUACGCUUUUUACUUUUGUGUUUGGGCUGAAUAACAUCAAAUGAUUUUGAAUUGCCUUGUAUUAAGUAAGGGAGUCAUUUUUCAGUAACUUUGUACAUACAAAUCUGAAUACCCAAAAGCAAUCCCGUACAAUGUUGCAACCAUUAUGGUACAAGCUUAAGAAGCCAAAAUAGUUUGACAAAUAUCAAACAAGGUGUGGAAGUGUGGGUUCCUGAUCCCGGGGUAUGUCUAUACUAGAAAGGUAAGUAGAGCUAUAUUAGGAUUAAUGAGGAUUAUAUAUAAUGAGGAUUAUAUUUAGCAGUGAAAUGGGUUCCAUGUAACUCCCAAUAUAUUUCCCUAGACAGCUCUCUAUCCAUCUUUGUAUAUCAGGAGGAGAUACCCAGAGAGUACAUCUUGGUACAAAAAACCCCCACACAAGUAUCUUAACGGGUAGAAUAGAGUAAAAAUAACCAAACAUUCAAAUUAUUUAAAAAAUAAGCCUAGUUCUGUAGAAAGCUGCAAGAGUAAUAGCACUGCAGAACAGAUUACAGUACCGGAGUUAGGAGUAUAAAUCUUCCUAUUGUGCUCCACAAAUAUUCCCCAAUAUUGAUUUAAAGGGAUGCCCAUUACAGGUGAGAGUAGUUCAGUCUCAAUGACUAUUCAAUCUUUGGAUUCUUUAGAUGCUCAACAGAUGACAACUGCUAUGGGAGUUUUGGUGAUGUAGACAUCAGUCCUGUAGGAAAUUAAUUAAGACCACCAAACUCAUUUCAUAUUGGGUACUAGCUUAUAUAUUUAUGAUUUCGGUCACUACCAAGUUGGGCUAGAUGCACACCAAUGUCCUAGAAGUAAAAGAGUAAAAGCCUCAAUAUUACUAAAAACCUUAGCCAUCCAGACCCUUAAAGAAAGAGCAAAUUGACAAGAAUCAUUGUGAAUAAUAUGAAUAUCAAGCCACAAUAUUUCUGAAACUGGUAACUCCUUUAUUGAAGGAGAAACUGAAUUAUCUGGAAAGUCUGAGAUUUUUACAACAAACAUUGACAUUUAAUUUGUUUUCUUCCACUGGAAUUGAAUAUACCAAUAUUGCCGUAAGUAUAUCGAAUUAUGUUUCAGGGGUGUCAGUAAGACAUGAAGUAGGAAUAUUAAACAGACUUUUCUGAUACUAGCAAGUACAUUGAAUUAUUUUCAGUGAUUUACUUUAUUUUACGAAAAGAUGUACUUGAUAGUAGCAACAACAAUCUAAGUUAAUUUGUUUUAAAAGUGAAUGUACAAUGCCAGUAUUGUCAUUGGAAAUAAUAAGGUAACAAAAGCUUAACUUGACAUAUUUAUUUUUCAAGAGUAUUAAAUGUAAAUAUGAGUUUGGAAAUAUUUCAUCAGUAACAGACUGCUUUUUAAAAAAAAUAUGGUUAAAAGUUUUUGUACCUCCAAUACAAUACAAUGUCAAUAUUUUCAGUUCUAUGUAAAGCAAACCAUCACAUUUGUGUUCCUCGUUUAUAUUCGUAUAAUUUUGUCUGAAGAAAUGGAUUUUUGUGUCUGAAAGAGAGAUCCCCUUCAAUCAUUCAUCAUCAUUUCAGUAUUACAAAAAGGAAAUUGUAAGAAAGUGGACAGAAGGAAAAAAGCUGAGGAAGAAACUAAGAGUGAUCUAGACUGACUCUUCAGUUAUCACGAGAACUAUUCCUACUUUAUCAGCCUAAUUGUUUAUUUAAAUAUGUAACAGGUUUGUGCAAUGACUGGUUCUAAUUAUGGAGGCAAUUCCAUUUGAACAAUUUUAUAGCAUUGCUUUAACACUGGACUCAAAUUCAGAAAUCAAGAGGGUUUUUUAAAUUUUGAGUUCCAUGGACAUCCCCCAAGCCACACUUCAAAAUAUAUGAAUGUCAUACUCCAGUUGGCUGCUUUAAACUGUUCUAUACUCACGUAUAUUAGUGCACUUACCAAGCCUUUGAAUGUGAAUCGGAACUUUUUUUCCAGCAGAAGCAGCUGUUUUCAAAAGUGUCUACAAGUUGCUAAAUAAAAACUUUAUCAAAA